UUUUCCCCGUAGCCUUUCCGUGGAGGGAGGAGACUGGCCAAGUCCGGCCCUUUCUCUAAAGUUCCCUGGGAUAGUUUGAAAACUUGUAUUUCCCUCUCCUUUGGCCCUGCUGACGCCGCGCCUUCUUGCAACAUGUGGGAGCCAAGCCGGAAACAGCUGCGGUGGCUUCGCUGAGCGCGAGCUCUUUGCCUGGACUCCGCUUGGACUCCGGCUUGAGCCAUGGCCGCUCCGGACCGCCACCCCUGCGGGUUCCUCUAUGGCUUCCUCUUCGAGUACGACACCCCCCGCAUCGUCUUGAUCCGGAGCCGUAAAGUCGGCCUCAUGAACCGCCUGGUCCAGCUCGCCAUCCUGGCCUAUGUCAUCGGUUGGGUCUUUGUAUGGGAAAAGGGCUAUCAAGAAAUGGAUUCGGUGGUGAGUUCGGUGACCACAAAAGUCAAGGGCGUCGCUGUGACAAAUACUUCGGAGCUGGGGCUCCGGAUUUGGGAUGUUGCUGAUUAUGUGAUUCCCCCGCAGGAGGAGAAUUCUGUGUUCAUCAUGACAAAUUUGAUCAUCACAUUGAAUCAGACACAAGGAAAUUGUGCAGAGCAUCCAGAUGAGACAACAAUUUGCCAGUCUGAUAAGAAUUGCACAAAAGGAUACAUCGGCACUCACAGUAAUGGUGUUCAGACUGGGAGAUGCGUUCCUUAUCCCAAGGACACCACAAUCAAAACGUGCGAGGUGUUUGCCUGGUGUCCGGUGGAGAACGAUGAGAAGGUACCAAAACCCGCUUUCCUCAAGGAUGCUGAGAACUUUACUCUUCUAGUAAAGAACAACAUCUGGUAUCCCAAGUUCAACUUCACAAAGCGAAACAUUCUCCCUAGCACCAGCAAAGCACAGCUCAAAAACUGCAAAUAUAAUGCCAAAACGGAUCCCGCUUGCCCAAUCUUCCGUCUCCGCGACAUGGUGGAAGCAGCGGGGCAGGAUUUCCAGGAGAUGGCCGUCGAGGGUGGAGUGAUGGGUCUGCAGAUUAACUGGGACUGUGAUCUGGACAAGCCUGCUUCACGUUGUGUGCCAAAAUAUACCUUUCGGCGCAUUGACAACAAGGAUUCUGCCCACACUGUUGCCCCUGGAUACAAUUUCAGAUUUGCAAAAUAUUACAAAUCCCCUGAUGAUGUAGACUCCCGGACGCUCAUCAAGGCUUACGGCAUCCGCUUUGACAUCAUGGUAUUUGGGAAGGCAGGAAAAUUUGAUAUAAUUCCUACAAUGAUUAAUAUCGGAUCUGGUUUAGCCCUUUUUGGUGUGGCAACUGUCCUGUGCGAUAUCAUUGUCCUGUACUUCAUGAAGAAACGGUAUUAUUACAGAGAGAAAAAAUACAAAUAUGUUGAAGACUAUGAAUUAGAAGCCAAUGCGUCCUACGGAUCCCAGUCAGAUAGUCGAGACUUCCAUGGUGACAGAUGACAGCUCCAAAAUACUGCAGUGAACACUGUCUGAUUUCACAGGGAGACAAUGAAUGGGAUGCAUCUCUCAGGAACUGCCCGGCUGGCCUUGACUUUCUAAUAUGGGUGUAUGGGAAAGGAAUUUUUGAAAUGAUCACUGUAUUGCCGUCCUGCAGGGCUCUCUUCUGAUUUGCUUCUAAUUUUGAUGCCUCAGUUCAGCUGGAUGCACUUCCUGAUCUUAAAGGGAAAAUAGAUUGGGGCAUUCUGUAAAUAAUAAUUGAGCACUUUCUGUGAAAGUUUCUUGUUGGGGAUUUGGUCUGAGGGAAUGCCAAGCUGGGCCUCCAAAGUGUACUUAUGUCAAGGCAAAUUGCCUCUCACAUUUGUAUAUUUCCCCAGCUGUGGACAAUGUACCUUGGAUACUAGAAUUGACCUAUAUUUGAUUUGACACAUUCAAUCCUUCUCCUUUUGUAACCUUCUUGACUAUGGUCUUAAGCUGGAUUUACAGUCCUAUACUGCAGUUUCAGAAUGCAGUUUAACUGCAUUGAACCGGCUUAUGUGGCAGUGUAGACGCAUAUAAUCCAGUUCAAUGAAUUUAAUUUGCAUUCUGAAACUGGAUUAUAUGGCAGUGUAGAGACAGCCUUAGUUGGGUUGGUUCUGCUGCAAGUGGCAAUCUGCAUAGGUCUUGGGCAUCAGAUGCCAUUUCUCCCUGCUGUAAGGAGGUGGAAAAUAGGGCUUAGGCUGAAACAGUAUCCAAAUCACAGUUCAAGAAGUCCUCAGGAUGCUUAAACUAGCUUGUUCUCGUGGUCUGAUAUAAACAGUUUGCUCCUAGCCCUGUCCCAUUUGCACACAAGAGCCAGAAAUGUUGUUUACUCUGAAUUGGACACAGGGAAUGAUUGCUAUUUGUGACAUUUUGCACAUAAAAUAAAGACUCUGGGCAUUUCA